AUGGUUUACGUCCAACGUUCUUGCGGUGAAAACAUGGUUUAUACUGAGCAGUGUGGUUAUCAUCCUAUUUCCGGUUAUAGGAAAAAUUGCCAAGAAAUAACCAAAUGUGCUUGUGAAAGCGGAUAUUUUUUUAUCGAGGAUGGUUUAUGUUCAAAAAUGCCGACGAAAGCCUUGCAUUUGGUGCUACUGGCGAAGCAAGCAAAAAUAGCGACACGAAUAUUAUAG